AUGAGUUGCGUAUACGUCAUUCUUUUUACUACCUUGAGGCGUAUGGUCGUCGUCGGAAACUUUUUUUCGACUUCUCAUUAUGGUGUAUAUGAGGCCUCUUCAUCCAGUUUACCUGUGUUCAGUCCUGACCUAGCUAUACACAUGUCCCCAAGCAAAAUUAUCAAGAAAGGGGCAUCUGUUGUGGCUUAUUGUACUAUUAUGGACAAUUUCGAGACACUCGUCGAAAUAGUCACUGGAGAUUUGGUACAAGUCAAGGAGUUACCCUUGACUAUAUCUAAGACAAGAAAUGUAGCAGAAAAGACUUGUCUAAAAUACAUCACUGAAUUUAAUAACAACAAAAAAACAGCUAAGCCUCUAUCACAGCUUGGUAAUACCGACUGUUCGCACAAGAUUAUAGCUAGCUUAGCCUAUAAAAAAGCUAUUACACUUGAGGGAAGAUAUACAUGCUCUAAAUCUUCGAUAACGGGCAGUCCUAUCAGGAUUAACGCUGAUGUACCGAUCCGCCUCCGAGAAUUUCUCUCCGGAAGGCCCAUACUGAAAUCGUCAAAUAAUGACCUGGAUGAAGCUCUGGCUUGGUUUCAAGGAGAUCUUCACUUAAUUCGACGCUUGAAAUAUUACAACGAAGGGCUUCCUCAGUGGAGGUUUGUCACCGAGGUUGGCAGGAAAAAUAACAACGGUAGAUUGAUUGCAGAGUUAAUAGAAUAUAAAUUGGUCGCGAUCCGUGACUUCUCCAAAGCCAUGAAAUAUUUCGAGUCAAUCAAAAACGAGUUCGAUAAUUCUGCCGAUGGCUUACAUCAUUUGAAAACCAAUCAAGAACAAUAUGGUGUUGAACUAAGCUACUUAUACGAUAGUAGUUUUUUUACGAAUCAUAACGACUUCAAGCACGUCCCCCGCUAUCUUGUAUCGACUGAUGGCGUAGCGCCCGGAGAUUUCAAAGUUGACUUUAAGUUCAAGUCGAAAAGUAUGCUUUCGAGGAAUCGAGGCCCGGCCGACAAACACACUUUCAAAUAUGACCAAGGAAUUACUUAUCUAACAUACCGCUGGCUUAGGCUGAAGAACUUUAUGAUCCCACCACAAAAAAGUACUAGAUCAAUCGCUGGAAGAUUUUCAGAGUCGUAUGAGGAAGGUUGGCUAUGUCCUUUAUGA